UCUUUGGUCCUACAGUCGUUUCCGUUUGUGCUAGAUGCAUGAAAGAUAGCUACGCUAGCGCUACCUGGUAAAGUGGUGACAACAGUGCCAAGCCCCUGGUGGAUAUUGUCUUACAGGUUCUAUAAGCUGUCAACCAUCCUGUCGUUUCAUCUGCUUGCCCAAACCUCAGUGGCUACAUCCACAGGCAAUGUGAGACAACACCACUUUAAAUGGGAUGCAAGAUCGACUGUAGAGGAUAUCUUAUUUGUCUUCAGGAAAACCAUUUGAAGCCUAAAAAGGUGCAUCAAUGAACGAGGAAAUACCUGACACUCCGGUCCCUGGCAGGGAGCCAGUGGAAGAAGAUGUGGGACAAAGCACAGAAAAGACUAGCAGUGAGGUGGAAAACACCUCUGAGGCAGCACCAGCACAGGAGCCUUCAGCACCAUCAGACACUCUUAAAACAAAGGAAACCCCCAGCUCAGAACCAGCAAAGGAAACCCCCAGUUCAGAUCCUGUAAAAGAAACCCCCAGAUCAGAAACUGUAAAUGAAACUGCAGUAGAAGUAAAAGAGGAGGCUAAGGCCACUGAAGAGCCCCCUAUGGACUGGUUUGAGCCGCUUGAGGAUGAUGAUGAUGCCCUGAGCAUUGAAGAAAGUCUAGCAGGAGAAAGUGAAAGGAGUGAGAGUGUAGCAGGAAAUGAGAGCACCCACAGAAAGAUUUAUCAUCUUAAGGUUCCUCGCCGUAAGCGGUCUCAUCCUGAUGAAGGGUGGGAUGAAUGGCCGAUACUAGGAGAGGGUUGGAAACGCAAAGAAGUGGUCCGGCGCUCAGGUUCCAGCAUCGGACAGAAGGAUGUGUAUUACCUGAGUCCACGUGGUGAGAGAGUGAGAAGCCGAGUAGAACUGGCUUCAGUGCUGGAGGGAGUUCUUGACUUGUCAAACUUUGAAUACAAGUCAGGAAAGUUUUUCGACGGCGUAGCACCACCUAUAAAACCUCGAAACAGAGCUAAGAAAAAAGUCCGGGAGCGUUCGUCUUCAGAAUCCAGCUGGAUGGAGAGAGGAGAGGGGGCGGACACUCCGGACUCCCACCACAGACUCACCCCCAAUCUGGCGUCCAAAAACCACCACUCCUACCAUAAAAACGUAUCAUUGCAAAGUACAAUGGUAACCCCAAACGAAAGCUCUCUCACUGAGUAUCCACCAGCGGAAGAUAAAAUUAAACUUCCCCCUCCCUCGUCAUCCAGGGCGAACCCGCUGCCCUCCAUAAAUGGAGAAAUUGGGUCAGAAGACAACACACUCGUCUGCGCCAGGUGUGGUAUUUCCUUCACAGGCACAUGGUAUGACAAGCAAAGGAAGAGGCCCUGCUGUCCCACCUGUUGGGCUGCAUCAAAGACAAAAGAGCAUCCGAUGAUUCGUUUCAGAAAGUGGAUUCCUUGUGGACAGUGUGUGGGAUGCCACAACACCAUUAACUGUGGGCAGUGUGCAAACUGCAAGCACGGCCUGCAGAGCCCAGAGUCCCGGAAACGCAUAUGCAGGAAACGCAAAUGUAUAUGUCCUAUCCGCAAGGGUCCUGGAGGCGGAGCCUUAAUGUCGCCACAGUCUUACAAUGACAUUCCUGAAACGUUUGAUGACAGCAUGAGUUACCAGAAUGAAGUUACAGAAUCGCAGCCCCUGAGUUUCAAAAGCAGCGAUACAGAGAACUUCUCCGUCAACGUGGACUUGGAGGAUGAUGAUGAAAUGUCCACUGAUGAUGAUGAUGAUGAGAAGAGCAAAGCAAAGCAGGGAAAGCCACGUGCGUCAGGGCAAAGUGAGAUGCAGAAGCGGAAGCGGCGAUCGUGUGGAGAGUGUAAAGCAUGUCUCUGCAGGAAAGACUGCGGAACGUGUGACUUUUGUAUCGACAAACCCAAGUUUGGAGGCAGCAACAAGAAGAGGCAGAAGUGUCGACUACGCCAGUGUCAGAGACAGGCAAUGAGACACUUGCUGCCUUUCCAGAUGGCACAAAGUGAAUUUGGACCAGAAAGCUCAAUGCUGCCGGGCAGGCCUCGACCUCACUACACAUACAGUCGAAAGUCGGGCCUAAAGAAAAACAAAUCGCUACAACUGGGCUUGGACUUCACUGACAAUGAAGAUGACGACAGUAACUUACAAGCAAUGAACUGGAACCCCGACCCUGCCAGUCUUAGUAAACAUGCCUAUGAACUGAAUGUGAGAAACAGCCAAUCUAUGCAGAUGAAUCAUUUGGACUUCGUACAGCAGAAUGGUCUUCCUGACAGAGUUCCUUACAUCAGCAACCACAACAACUCUGAACUAGAGCAGCUAAGCAGAUGGGAUGCCGACAGAUCACACGUAGGCAUUGCUCGUCAUAAGCACGCUGAACAAGAUGACGAACUAGAAGCAGCAGACGAUGACGAUGACGACGAUGACGAAGUGGAUGACGAUGAGGAUGAAGAUGAGUUGCCAAUGAUCACACAGAUCUUCAGUUUGGCUGACAACCCCUCCGGGAGUGGUGUGGACAUGGAGAACCAGCUGAUGAAGCUCCUCCACUCUUUGCGCUCCUCUGUACUGCCGAUUCUGUGGUACGCCAUCAUGGUGGAGGGCCCACAGCUGCAGCUCAUCCAGUGCUCCAAACAGUCCAGCCUGACCGACACCACAGUGCUGAUCGACCCGGGUUUCUGCUAUCAGGUCACUGUCCAAAAGCAGCCGCUGCUCCCCACCCACCCGCUGUACGACAAGUACCCAGCACGCCUAACCUGCGUCACAGAGGUGGUCAAUCUUCUUUUGGGCCUGGAGCAGUACGUCGUGUGCCAGGGACUGCCCCCCAAAGAGCCAUUACUUAACUCGGACCCAAUCAUACUGGAGCGGGCCUCAACGUGUGAUUUCUUGGUAAAGAGGAAUGUGGGCAUCUGUAAUAACUGCAGAGCACUGCAAGGACUUUAACUUUAGCAGAGACAAAACAUUUGUGACAACUUUGGUGCAGCUUUGUGCUUACUUCCUCUUUUUGUUUCUGUUUUUCUCUUGGUAAUGGUAUAUAAAUGAAAUUUUACAGAUUUACCUCCGGACUGUGUGUACUUUGAUUUGAAGAGUCACCAAAGGCAUUCCAGGAGCUGUUGCAUAAUAAUCCAGCCGUGUUUCGUCUCAGAUGCCCUCUGUUAUGUUUGUAUCGGGCUUUUCUUAAUGACUGUUAAAGUGUCAUUGAAGUGUGAUGGGUAAAGCUGAAAUCCAUUGGUCCACUGUGUGGUUAUUGUGCCGUUGGUUGAUUAACACUCUUACUUGAGGAAUCGAUGACUCCUAACCCCCCUCAACAUUAUUACACUUUUGAGUAGUCGUUUAAACCCACAUUUUGUCUGUUAGCCCAAAAAUGUAGCUUGAUUUCUUAACAAUUCUUAUCUCUACACCAUCUGCAGUUGCUUUGAUGUUACUGGCACUUCUUAAUUUCUCACCCUCUAAAUGAUUGUACAAACCAGCAUAUACCGUUAAAGGAAUGAAAAAAGAUGAAAUCUGCUGUUUGUACUCUGAUUAGUGUUUCUAAAAAAUGUAUUCACUGCAGAGUAUUUUUUUUUUCUUUCUUAAUUGACUCUCAGUGGUGGACAACAACAACAAAACAUGAAAAAGAUGAAAAAUAAAUUGACCAAAAUAAUACAAAUAUAAAACAUCUAGUCUUCAAAUGAGCAGAAUAUAACAAGUCUUACAUGUCAAAAUGGCUGAAAAGCAUAAAGGUCAGUCAUGAUGACCUACAUGGCUCCAGCUGGGAGAUGGCAUUCAGACAACACCUGUUGUUUCAACAGAAGUUGUCUGAACUCAGCUCCAUGUCAGAGGCAAGGAGAAUUAACCAUAAAAACUCAGACUGCUAAAGAUGUGCUCAUCAAAGAUUAUAUGAUCAAAUUAAAUGAAAAAAUAUAAAUUGUAUUGUCCCUGAAAUGAAUGAACAUUUUUCAACUAGCACACGUAAAAAGAUUCAUUAACUGUAUCCAUAACGCGGCUUAGUAAAUACUACUCCUGACAAUAAACCAAAGACAUCAGCAUCUUUUCAAAUUCAUCAUCAUUUUUGGGCCUCAGCAGAUGAUUUUGCACUCUUUAAGACAUUUUGAUUGGCAGAUUAAACAUCUGAAAUAUGAUGAAAUUUAAAAACACAUCAAUGUACGUACUUUGUUAUAUACUUUGUAGGACGUGAUCUUCCAAAAUUAUUUCCUCAAAUUAAACCGGUGGUGUCACCAAAACUCAUCUCACACAUGACAACAUUGUUUAUUUUUAUGGGAUGAUAGAAGUGUCUUAAACCUUGUUACAGCAUGUCCUACGGCUUCUGCUACCGACUCGUUUUUUAAUAAUUGUUUUUUAUUGUCUUUUGAUUGAUUUUGUUGAAUUGGGCAACAGUUACAUUAUUCACCCGUCCGCUGCUCCAUUGGGAACCCAAUGACUUUAUGUAAAAGUUUAUGAAUUUUUAACAUAUUUUAGAAUUAUUUUUAUUAUCUUGGUUUCCUCAAGUAAUUGUGCAGAAUUUGAAAUGUUUGGAAUCCGUUUUUCUUUAAAAAUUAUUGUUAUUUAGUCUUUGAAUUAAAAACUAUUUAAAAAUGUAAA